GUAAGUGAACUUUAUCCGCGGCGGCUUGUGAUUGGCCACUUCACUUCAACUAUUGGUCAUUCAACGAUCUUAGAAGUCUCAGCGAGAAGACUCGGCCCCGAACGUCCAGGCCAAGAGGCCCAAGCGGGAGAAGAAGUUGCGCAUGUUCACGUGCGCGUGCAGCGCCAACUUCCCGACUAAAGGGCAGAGAAACAGCCACCGACGCGACUGUAAAGUCGCCAAGGCCCAGGUCAUGGAAGAGAGGUUGAAGGACAUGACGAGGCCCGGGAGCGAGUGCGACUCGUGCGGCAGACUCUACUCGAUGGACGACAUCUUGUACCGAGAGAAGACCAUGAUCAUUCGCCUCUACGAGGGCACCGUCAUCUGCUCGGACUGCGCGGCUACCCGCACAAGGAGGAGCCGGAGAUAUACGCGGAGGAGAUCGAGGAGUAUCUGCAGGUGCGACGCUCAGUGGCCCCCUUCCCGUGGCUCAAGGCGCGCCGUGAAAAGCUGCUCAAGGAGCUGACGGAGGAGCUGCACAAGCCCGAGCGAGUGCAGAAGUGGAUUGAGAGCGGACACGACGUCGAGUCGUAUUUGAGCUAUUGAGGCGUGCGUGACCAGUAAGCUCCGAAGUGCGUUUGUAUCUGAAUCAGAAACCAGGGAAGAGAUGCCAAUAGUAUGGAUUCAAUGCGUGUUGAAAGGAUGCGUAUCGCGACAGCAC